AUGGGACGCUUCGCUUCAACCGCCGCCCUACUGCUUCAACUCGCUGCGAUUGUCGACGCACAAUCUUUCGACGUCGGCCGCCGUUCCUCCCACUCUAGGACCAAGACCGGACUGCAGAGCUGCCUCAUCGAAGCCGGCAUCGAGGUCAUCGCAGCCGAUCUCAGCGCACCAGACCUCUACUUCCAAGCUUCGGCCUCGGACAACCUCGUGUUUCACUACAAUCCAACUCUUAUCGCGUAUCCUGAUUCGUCUUCCCAUGUCCAGCAGGCGGUGCUGUGUGCGUCCCAGUACUCCGAUGAUCCCAUCGCUGCUAGGAGUGGCGGGCAUUCCUUCGCAGGCUUUGGCAGCGGUGGCAUGGACGGCUCGAUUGUCAUCGACCUCGCUCGACUCAACUCCGUUGUAUCGCAUCCGCAACAAGGGACCGUCGAAGUUGGGCCAGGCGCUCGCCUUGGUGAUGUCGUCAAGGGGUUGUGGCAUCAAGGCAAUGCUCACCGUGCCAUGUCGACGGGCACCUGUGCGGCAGUCGGUGUCGGCGGUCUAAGUCUCUGUGGAGGCUUCGGUCCCAUGUCGCGGAAAUGGGGCCUCACCACCGAUGCCAUCCUCGAAGCUGACUUGGUUCUUGCCAACGGAUCCAUUGUCACGGUCUCGGAGCAGCAGGACCCUGAUCUUUCCUGGGCGUUACGAGGAAGCGGUUCUUUCUUCGGUAUCGUGACGCGGUUUCUCUUCCAGUCGCACGAUGCUGCUCUCCCCGUCAUCUCCUUCGAAUACCGGUGGACACCCUCUCUUACGUCUGUCGACAUGGCCAUCGCCGUCAUGAUGGCGGUGCAAGCAUUUUCACUGCAGGAUGACUUCACGAACGACCUCGGUCUUCACAUUCAGCUGCGAAAGCCAUCCUACAGCGAUCCCAAGCCCUUCGAAAAUCGACCCAUCUCGAUCGAAGUCAAAGGCAUCUUUUUCGGCACGGCAGCAGAUUGGCAGAGGCUUCGAUACGAGCUGAUGGAGCAGCUCGCUGACCACUACGCACCACAGCCAGACGCAGAGACCGUGUCAUGGAGGACCUAUCUCGAACUCAUGGAAGAUUGGGACGACUUCAGCAAGGGUUCGACCAAGCUCGACACCGCGGCUAUCCACAAGCAGCACAACAACUUCGUCACCAAGUCCUCGCUCACUCUCGAGCGCAACAAGGGGUUCGACAAGGAAGCGCUUCUUCCUCUCUUCCAGUACCUUUGGGAUACCAGUCUGGUUGCUGGACAGAAUGUCGAUCUCCCCGACGGUCAGCAGGUCUUUUGGGCGUGGAACAUCUACUUUGAGCUCUUUGGCGGUGGUAGCCCCGCAUAUUCUCACGAGUCCGCAAAGAGGUUGAGCAGCUUCCCGCAUCGCGACGGCCUGUGGCUCAUCCAGAUCGCUGUUGGCACCUUAGCCAGCAUGAGUCUGGCGCGGUCCGGCCACGUCUAUGCACGCGAGCUCGAUGCUCGAGUCAACAGCGCCAUCGAAGCAUCAGGGCUCGGCCGAGGCGGGUACUCUUGCUACAUCGAUCCCGAGCUCGAGCAGGAAGAGUGGAAGCAGAUGUACUACGGCGAAUCGAUUGCCCGUCUAGAGGACAUCAAGAUGGAAGUGGAUCCCGAGAACCGCUUUCGUAACCCACAGACACUCGGCGACCGUCGCGAGAUUUUGGCUCGAAGAAGAGGAACGAGACUUGGACGAAUGACAGACGACAGUGCGGCUUCUCAACGAGGGUCGCGAUGA